GUGUCUGCGAAUGUGUGGCGCGGGUGCCACACGCAUAUCGGUUGCGAAUAAAAAAAAAACAUUUUUAGUGAAAAGAGCGAAUUCGUUGAUCCGAAAUAAAAAAAAAAAAACGGUUUGUAGGGAAAUUUAAAUGACCAUGUAGUUUUAUUUAUAAUCUAUAAAAAAAAAUUGAAUCAGAUUUUAAUUAGUAGAAUCGUAUGUCUUGUUUUUUUUUUUUAAAUAAAUCAAUUUUAAUUUUAAUAUCUGUGGUUUUGAAGUUUUACGUUUCAAGACAAUAUUUUGUGUAGCUCAAAUGAUUGUCUAGAGAGACUUGAGGUGGAUACGACAGGAAAAUGUCGAGGAUCACGUCAACCCUGAGGACAGUGCUGGUGCUAGCUUCCAUCAACAUAGCGACGGGAAUUUCAUAUGUUCCUAAAGCGGAUAUAGGAUAUCCGGCCGGCUUGUUACCUGAAUGUCCAGGAGUUCAGAAGAACGCCACAAUCAGCGCUCGGAUGCUGCCGAACUUGAAAAUCACCCUGCACAAAAUCCUUCCAAACGGACUGAUCAGCAGACAGCUGGUGCCGAUCGGGACUGCACCCAAGAUCGUGGCCAAAGAUAAAAGUUACGAUUUCAGAUCGAAGAAGACGAUGCUGUACGCCGUGGGCUUCCUGGACAGUUCCAUUUUCCCACAUUCGCAGGCUAUAGGCACCGCCUACGCGAAGCGUGGCUACAACGUCUUCAUUACGGAAACAGUACAUUUAUUGACAUACAUAUACCCGAAAUCAGUACGUAUUACCAAAGUGAUCGGAAUGAAGGUCGGCGAAUUCCUCGUUAAGCUAAUGGAACAAGGCUUAUCUCCCGACGAUUUGGAGUUAGUCGGGGCCAGUCUUGGGGGUCAUCUGGUCGGAGCGGCCGCCAAAUAUAUAUUCGAGAAGACUGGCUUCAAACCGUUUCGCGUCACCGGCCUGGACCCCGCCGGCCCGUGCUUUAGAUCGCUUCCAGAAGAAUUUAGACUGUCUCCAAAUGACGGUCAGCAUGUAGACGUCAUCCACACAAACAUAGACGGCUUUGGUAUCGCCGAGAGGCUUGGUCAUAUAGACGUCUACGUCAAUGGCGGCGAGUACCAGCCCGGCGACAUCCCCUACAUCCCUUGCCUCGUGGUUUGCAGUCACAUACGUUCGAUAUUAUAUUGGUGGCAAGCCUUAGAGCACCCGAAGAAGUUCAUAGGCGUGAAAUGCGCUAGCAUCCAGGAGGCUAGAUUGGCGAACUGCUUCAACAACACGGAUAUCGUUUACAUGGGCCUAGAAACUGAUUUUAGUAAGAGUGGAAUUUAUUAUCUGCCCACGCACAAUGAGUUUCCGUAUUACAGAGGCAAGGCUGGCUUAAAAGCCGAGAACGAAAUAUAUACGUCAAUUACUAAGCAGAUAAACGCGGUUGAUUUGUUUGAAGCCUAAGGAUGUUUGGUUUUUAAGGAAAAAAAUAUUAAUCGGAAAUUGAUAUAUCACACAUACGGUGCGAUAACGUCACUUAUUACUGGUGGUAGGACCUCUUGUGA